UUUGUCAAUAAUUAUCACAACGAUGAAGUUCUUCAUGCUUUUCGCUCUUCUGCUGAUUGCACUGGUGGCAGUUCAGGCAGCACCACAGCCCGGUAGAUCCAGCGCCACAGCAAACGCAAGUGCCAGCGCCGUAUCCAAGGGCCGAGGUAAGGCCGACGCUAACGCCAAUGCAUCUGCCAGUGCAUCUUCCGGUGGCGGCCGUCGAAGGGGUUAAUCAGCAUCUUUCAACGGAACACGCAUCAUAACAAAGAAAAUAUCUAUAGACGGUUUGAUGACAAAAGGGAAAAAACAUCUAACGAUUUAAAGUACAUAUCAUUCAUUUGUUAUACCUUUUUCUUAUAAAUAAAUAAACAUUGGAAACUUUAA